UAGUAGUAUUCAUCAGAAUAUUAUGUAAUUUAGCUAGCUAAAUAGUUUGUAAACCGUUAAGUUAGCAAGGCUAGCUAGGAAGAAAAUGUGGUUCAUUCAAACCUGCUCGUCUUCUUGCAUCGAUGCAGCAAGCGGCAGACCAUCUGCUACUCGAGCGAUCAUUGUCAGUAAAAUCAUAUUGAUUGAAACCUCUACAAUCCACACUUCAGAGUCGUAUGUUUUUGCUGGCUGUGUAAAAACUUCAAAUAAACUUGGCUGCGUGGCUUCUGCUGUCAAAUCAGACGCCGGAGUAGCGCGAUGCGGGUGCUGACACCGCGUUGACAAUUUCCGACUCGCUGAUUCGUUGGAACGCGGCACGUGUGUAACUAUACAACCAGUUAGCAGGUCGAACAUUUUAGACUUUUCGGAAUUUACUUUUUCGUAGCAGGUUAGGAUAAUUAACGUGGCAGGUUAGGGUUAGCUAAAAUGCUCUCCUAACCUGCUACGAAAAGUCACUUCUGGUCGUAGCUGUAGUCCAGAUAUACUUUUGGGGAGAUUUGUUAAUACGAUUCCACUCUCUUCUGUACGUUGCCCAUGCGUCGGCAAUGGGCCGCGCGGUGCAUUCUGGGACAAGGAGAGUUCUCCUUCAGGGAGUGAAUGGGAGUCAAUUGGGCGCAUUCUCAAAAACCCAACAUUAGCAUGCAUUUCGUCAACAAUAAUUACAACAUUACAAAUCUUUUCCGAGAUGUGAGAUAAUUAAAUUGUUCUCUGUAAUAUCGUAUAGCUUUGGAAUCGUGAUAUGACGUACUUUUUAGGAAAAUAGCCAGGUUUCUCGACUCAUACACUGACGUCAAGAAGUGGGUGACGCAGCAUGACAACUUGGACACGAUUGGUCGACCGUCUUCUGGAUCCCCUCAGAACCUCCUGUAGUUCUUCUUCACCAAAAUCUCUGACACCCAAAGCUUCUCUGCUGCUGCUAUUACCUCAUCAAUCUUCUUGGAUUUUCCGUUCCAUUUAUGAGACCCGACAGUGAGCCAGGCGGAUAGCAUCUCGAUUGCUAAUGUCUGACGGUGUAUUGAGAGAUGCAGAUGCUGUCCCCGAUGCGGGCGCCUGUCGUUUGAAGCCGGUCGAAACUCCCAAGAACCAAUACAGGCAGAACCAUGGACAGAUCCUGUAAAACAUGGUCAGCCUGUGGUGUGCGUGGGUGAGGAGGAAAGCGGGUAAGGAGAUGGGCUGCACCUCGGCCAAGCAGGUGUCGGCAGUGCCAAGUGGUGAGGAGGGCCGCAGUAAAGCCUACAGCAAUGGGGACCUUCUUUCCGACGAGUACAAAAAAGGAGUGGAAAAGGUCAAGUAUAUCAAUGGAGAAGAGGACAGACUGAACACCUGCAACCAGGACAGCACGGAGAAAACUGCCCUGCUCACUAGGGUCCAACGCACAGAUGACACAGGAUCAAAUGGCAAUGGGAAGACACAUAUCCAUUCUUCAGAGAGCCAGCAAGAGUUCUUCAGGAUGCUGGAUGAGAAGAUAGAAAAGGGGCAGGACUACUGCUCAGAGGAAGAGGAUAUGACAUAGCGCUGACGUCCGCUAUCUGCUCCCCUGAGAGGAAGGAUUUGUCCAAUGGAGGCUGGUGUCAUUCCAGCCAUUACAAUGAGCCCAUCCUCCAAUUUCUCCCUCCACUUGCCUCCACUGGAUUUUUCCAAUGGUACGGACAGACUGUACCACAUAUACCUUACCCAAUGGCCCCUCCCCCCUUUUGGACUGGCCCAUUUCGUGGAUGGAGUGGGCGACACGUUGACCCUCAAGCACCUCUGCUUACCACACUGUCUAUAUCUACAACCGUCUCCCCGUAACAGAUGUUUGAGUCCAUUGCGACAAUGCCCCCCCCCCCCCCCCAAAGGAGCAAGGACCACUUCCAUGCACCAGGCGUAUAAUUUUGAACAACUCUCCAAGUCUGUCGCCAUGGUUACCCUGCACACGAAGUACAGCAGCUGCUCUAGACUCUGUGACUGUGGUCCGUUAAAAGACACGGAUUGACUAAAGCCACGAUCAAUAACCAUGAUGGUAUCAGUCUCAAAGAACAUUUGUCAAUCCUUAUCUGAUUCUGAUUGGAUUAUGAACAGUGGAGGUAAUGGAGAGCAGAGGAAAAUGAAUCUGGGAAUUAUUCCAGGGGUCGUAUUCAUUGGGCACCAAAUGGAAGAAAACGUUCUGAAACAGGGAGGGCCUUCGAAUAAGAAGCGGCAGUUGACAUUUUCCAUGGCAAAAUGUUUUUUUUCUACAGUGUUCCCUAAUGAAUGCGAUCCAGGUGGCUGAAACAUUGAGCAUUGCAGAUAGAAACACGAAUACCGCUGCUGAUGCUCCUUAUCAUUGCAUUAUAUCCCUAUCUCUAUGUAGUGUAUAUCUAUCUGCAACAUUCCAAGCGUGCCACCCCAAUGAACACACCCUUGGAGGGGAAACCGGGGUUACUUACUUCCUGCAUUCCAAUACACUUUUUGAAUCUUCUUUUCUACAGUAUGUUCAUAUGUGAUUCAUAGUCUUAUCUAUGUCUUCUUACUUCACCACGUAGGGUAUUCUUGUUUAAUUUUAAUGCUCAGGGUUGAAAGUGUUCUAGUCAUUGUCUUUUGUAGGAGAGCCUACCUCUUCAUUAGGCUUUGUUGUCCCAUUUGUGUACACACACACACAGUUAUUUCCCUAGCACCCUACUGUCACUAUCUGUUCUUCUUACCUGUUAAUAAGACCAUCUCAGUGUUAAAUCUACAGGCAGUAUACUGUAUUAGGAGCAUAGAUCAUGCAAUGGUCUUUGCAUUUGUUGUCAUGGUCAUUUGUCUGUGCUUGUUUUUCAUGUUCAAAUGUUUUUUUAUUUUAUUAUAGUCAAAUAAAAAACAAGAAAUGUU